AUGGACGACGAUCACUGCUUGAUAAGCGAAGGAACUGUAGAAGGAAAAUUGGGAGGAGGUCGCAAAUCAGAGUUCCGUUACCCGUGGAUAUUGAAAAGUCCGGGGAAGAGGGGUGAAAAGGUGAUCGAAGAUGAUGAUGAUGACGCGAUCAUCGAUAUGUCAUUAUUUGCAAGGAUAAGCUUGGCUGUGUUUGAGUGUGGAAGUCACGAAACAACCGCCUUUGUCCGUAUAGCACGAGCGCGCCUCUCCGGAACACCAGUUGUCGUGUCCACUGCUGGACAUGACCUCACAUGCGCUCAGUACUGCCGUAAUAAUAUUGAACCAACAACAGGAGCUCAACGAGUCUGUGCUUCGUUUAAUUUCGACGGCCGUGAAACGUGUUAUUUCUUCGAUGAUGCCGCCACUCCAGCCGGCACCGCUAGUUUGGCAUCAAAUCCAUCAGCAAACAAUUUUUACUACGAGAAAACAUGCAUCCCAGGUGUUAGCGCACACGAAGCAUGCACAUACCGAUCAUUUUCAUUUGAACAUACUCGAAAAACCGCUCUGGAAGGAUUCGUUCGCAAAUCCGUCCAGGUCGGAUCUCGCGAGCAGUGUCUAUCAGCAUGUCUUAAAGAAGAAGAAUUUGUUUGUCGUUCAGUAAAUUACAAUUAUGACACUUAUUUAUGCGAAUUAUCAACAGAAGAUCGGCGCUCCAAGCCAAAUCAUUUGCGACACAGUGACUCACCUAUCGAUUAUUAUGACAACAACUGCCUUUCACGUCAAAAUCGAUGUGGCGAAGCGGGUGGUAACCUGGUUUUCGUAAAAACGACCAAUUUUGAGAUACACUUUUAUGAUCAUACGCAGUCUGUUGAGGCGCAAGAAUCAUUCUGUUUACAAAAGUGUCUGGAUUCAUUGAACACAUUCUGUCGUUCCGUGGAAUUUAGCCCAUCCGAAAAGAAUUGCAUUGUGAGCGAUGAAGAUACAUUCUCGAGAGCCGAUCAACAAGGUCAUAUACAGGGCAAGGAUUACUAUGAGCCUGUUUGCGUUGCUGCGGAUCUCAGUUCUUCGACUUGUCGUCAACAGGCAGCUUUCGAGCGUUUUAUUGGUAGUCAAAUAGAAGGUCAACCAGUUGCUUCCGCUCAAGGUGUUACCUUAUCGGACUGCAUAUCACUGUGCUUCCAGAAUCUGAACUGUAAAAGUAUCAAUUAUGAUCGCACACAAAUGACAUGCUAUGUGUUUUCGGUUGGACGUUCGGAUGCAAAUAUUAAAUCAAAUCCUUCAACCGAUUUUUAUGAAUUUAACUGCGAAUCGCAAUUUGGCGGUAUGGCAUUAUGUACCAACGAGGGAAUACGUUUCAUUGUGAAUACCAAGGAGCCGUAUACGGGAGCUAUUUAUGCUGCGGAACGAUUUGGUACUUGUUCACAGGUUGUUGAAAAUGCCAAACAGAUUUCGAUCAACUUUCCACCACCUACCGUGUCCUCGGACUGUGGCACCGUUAUUAAGGAUGGUAAGUUAGAAGCAUUAGUUGUCGUAUCAUUGGAUGGUGUGCUACCGCAUCAGGUAACCACAGAAUGGGAUCGUUUCUAUCGCGUUUCCUGUGAUAUAUCAAUGGAUAAGAUGAUGCGUGAAGGUUCGGUUGUCGUCACAACAAUUUAUGAUGCAGGAGAAGCGAACACACGUGUUCUUGCUGUAGGAACUCCACCACCAGUAACUGCAACGUUAUCCUUCCUCAGUGCUGAUGAUGAACCCCUGGAAAAGGCUUCGAUUGGUGAUGCAAUCCAAAUGGUUGUUACGUCGGAACAAGCUGGGCCUCACAAUAUGAUGCUAACGGAAUGUACCGCAACACGAGUUGGGGGAGAGGGAGACGCUGUACCUUUUACUAUCAUCGAAAAUGGGUUAGUACAACAUCUAGAAGCUACUAUGAUUUCGGAGGAAAGCGGUCGUGAAAUGUUGAUUAUCGCCAUUGACCGCUUGAAUCUUUCCUCUGAUGGCUUUUGCCCACGUUACCCGGCCUUGGUUGGACCCGUUGGACAAGAUUUUGAGAAAAAUCGCCUCAAAUGUGACAUGAAAGCAUUCCGAUUAGAUGGUUCCUACGACGUUCAGAUUUUAUGUCAAGUAAUGUUCUGUGCUGGACCCAAUGGAUGUCCACCGAGUAAUUGCCUGGAUUCUGGAACGAAUGAGCUCUUUAUGUCUCAUGGAAGGCGGAAACGAAAUAUCGAUGAUGGUGAUCAAACAGAAGGAACACUGUCUGCAAUAAUAAGAGUUCUUGCAAAAGGAGAAGAUGAAGAAGUUUUACAAAAUACUACCUUCUCGAAUAACGCUUUUUCGGAGGAAUUCGAUCUGGUAUGCAUGUCGGAGGUGUGGUUCAUAUCAUCCAUCGUGUCGGUAUCCGUAGUAUGCUUGGUUCUGUCUGCAUUUAUUGUUGUGUGGGGUUGUAGCUCUUUAAAGAAGGAAAAAUUGCCGUUGUAA